GUAGGUUUCAGAAACAACAGUUUUUUCCCUAACCUGAAUUUCAUCCGAAUUUCAGGCUAUUUUUUCCCGUAGAAAUCCUUAUAAUUUGAAGGUUACGCAACAGUGUCGCGUGGACGCUCAUGCAUGCAUAACCUGUGGUGACAACAGGAAUAUCAGUUUUCGAUUGGCUCAUUUCUCCACGCCCCCAAAACGCCCCCAGCGAAGAGUUGUCUGGCGAUAUUUUUCCUUGUUUUUGAAGUACAUACCGCGUUUCUUCUUUCCUGUUCUUUGUGUUCCUCGCUAAAAAGAAUUUGUACAAUUCCACUGAGACACUUUCUCGUUAAUGCUUGUGUAAACUUCGUUUUACUUGAAGCUGUCGUUGAUCAAAGUAGAUCUUCUCGUUACCAAAUCACGCUUUGUUGGCAGCUAGUAAAUAUCUGCGUGCGUAAAGAAAUAGUACACAAGGGAUUUCAGCGUGCGAGUAUAUGUUAUUUCAACCGGCUUGUGUGUGUGUGAGAAAUUCAUCAUAACUAUUGGUUUGUAGCUGCUUCGUUAAAACCGAUGGCGGACGCAAGUACUGUUAAAAGUGGCCAUUUGGAGGAAAACAAUCCACUAUCGAAACCGAGUGAUGUCGAACUCAUUCUUGAAACUGGCUCAACGAAAGCCAAAGAUGUUCAAAUCGUUAACGGCUCUGUACUUUACACAGGUGAGGAAGUAGCUUCCAAUGGGGAGGUUUACUCUGGUACCGAGAAAGAAACACAUAAACAAGCGAACGGCCUCGAAGAACACAGAACCGGACAUCAUAAUGGCGGCGCCAGCCCGAAAAGUGAACUUGGAGGUGUAAAGCUGGCUCCCGCCGAGUCGACGUGGACAAUCCAAGCCGAUGGCGCUGUUAAUCUGCGAAUGGGAUCGUCAGAAGCUACAAGUCGAGUUCCCAUGACAGUGGUAGAAGGUUUACAGAGAGCUGUACGUUUAGCACCGAACAGAGUUGCUCUUGCAGUAAAACGAAAUGGAGAGUGGAUGAAGUGGUCUUACCAAGAAUACUACAAGUCAGUGUGUACAGCAGCCAAGGCACUCAUUAAGGUUUGCGAUAUUAAGCUUACGUCCAGUGCUUUUCGAUGUAUUAAUAUCAAAAUCUCUUAAGGUUGGACGCUUUGGUGUUUUGCAGUUGCUCUCGGUGCAACGUUUCAAAUCGAGAAUGUAAAAAUUCGGCUUUAAUAGUUUCAGCUAGUUUUGUUGUUGUGAGUUUCAGCGUCGUUAAAACUCCUAGUAAAUUUGAUAUUGAUUUCCAAAAGCACUGAAAGAUUCAUAAGUUUUACAAAUUGAUGUGAUACAAGUAAAUUCACAGGUUUAGAAAACUUUGUCGGUAUGAAGGUGACCCAAACAAUGUACACAUGAACAUUCAAGAAUGAACAAGAUAAUUUAGCGUGGGUGCCGGGUAGAUUUUAAAAGCCCCGGUAUUUUGUUGUAAUUAAUUUUCUAUGGCGUGCAAACAUGAAAUUUGAAUUCUUAUUGACUUUUCCUUCCCUGAACCAACUCAUUCUGACCCUACUUUUCUUUUAACACUUGAAACUUUUAUCACAUGACUAUUUAUUGUGAGUAAUUCAAUUAUAUUGCCGAGUUGAGUUUCAUCCAAGAGUGCGUGAAGAUGUAAACAAACUCGAGAACCGGUUUGAUUGGAGACCUUUUACAACAUUAAAGAUUGAAAAGAGUUGUUUCAAGUUAUUUUUCCUAGAGAAGUUUCUUAAAAGAGUAGUGGGCAUAAACACGCCUGCAGAAACAAGUUUAUAAACUUAAUCCUAAAUCUUGAUUUAACAUGCAUGACGUUUGUUUUUGUAGUCUUAUUAAUUCCUAAGGGUUUUUUCAAACAAUGCACUUGCAUGUAAUUGUAGUUUUUGCAAAGAGUACAAGUGACAGAUCAAAUUGAAGACUUAUCAGCAUUGUAAACAACUGCAAAAGUUCAGUUGCUUGGACAGAACUUGCUGACUCAGAGCGGUUUAAGUUACUGAAAUCUUGAAUUAACCUCUUCUGAACCCUCACUUUAAUGACAUGUUAGGUAUGGUUAAUUACUACUGGUAAGUUCAGUACGUGUUAAGACGUGUAAGAGCUCAGAAGACUGCUUAUAAUACUUGACAGAAGCUAAGAUUCCUUUCACUAAUUAUCAAAAUGUUCAUGUUUCAUGCACUGAGUAUAUCUAUAGUAACUGAUAAAAUGUGCUGUAUAGCAGUGGAUAGCAGUAGUUUGGCAGACUUGAUCGCAUGAAGUGGCAAUUAAGUUGUGGCAGUUAAUUAAAAGAUUUGAAAAAGACGGAUUACUACACUAUCACCAGGAUAACUUUAAGCCUCGUCGGGUGGUUUCUAUAUGAUUGCUGCAAUUGCUGAAAAUCCUCCAGGGAUCUGAAUGAUAUGCUUGUGGCACUUAUUAUUUGGGAAUGUUAUGAAACCUUGAAUUUAUACUGUAGACAUAUGAAAAUUUAUCUCAGAGUUGUCUCCAUGUAGAAUUAGCUGUGAACGUUAUUUCUAUGUUCACAACAGUAUCAUUAUACUAUUACUUAUAUUUCUCAUGAAUUUAAGGCAGGAUUUGCAUAUCCUUUUCUCUUUUGAAUAUUAUUUGCACUGUAUUUAUAUCUUUUCUUUUUACUAACAGCUUGGUCUUGAGCCCUAUCACGGUGUUGGAAUCAUAGGAUUCAAUUCUCCUGAAUGGCUUAUCAGUGAUUUAGGAACCAUUUUUGCAGGGUAAGGAAACCUCUAUAUAGCUAAUUAAAAGUGAGGCUCAAAUCUGAGUCCUGUAGAAUGCUGGUUGUAAGCCCCCCUACCCCCCCCCUAGCUAAUUAGAGGCCCAUCUACCCCCACUGUAACCAAAAUGAUAUGCUUGUGGCACUUAUUUGGGAAAAAAAUACAUCAGAUUAAAGCCCCCUUCCCCCCAGACCCCAGAUACAGCUGCAUAAGCCCACCUCCAUAUGUAUUGAAAUAUAAUUAUUUGAAUAAUCAUUCGAUGCAAAUUUUUCUUCUUUUUGUUGGUGGAGAGUCCACCACAUGUCCACUUGCAAAUAUCACCUGUCUACAAAUGAUGGUUUGCUCACGUACAAUGUUGUCCAACUGUGUUUGGCUGCAAAUAGUAAUGAGCUCAUGUGUAAAUGAAACUGCUCUUUUCCCCUUUUUGCAAUCACUUUUGCAUAAAAGUGACAAAAUGACAGAUAUUCAUUAACAAACAUACUACGUGGCCAAAUGAUUUAAGAAAAAGUGCCUUGAAACAAGCUAUAGUGGUGCUGAUCAAGAUACGUUUUGCAUUUACUGGUUUUUAAAGAUCAUCAUAAAAACCCAAACAUCAUAAUAAUUAGCAAUUUUUGUAAGCCCUCCUAAAGCCCCUUUCAAAGAUUUAUAAUCCCAGGGCUUAGAAGGUGCAGUUCAUGGUAUACAAACAACUUUUAGUGACACUGGUUGCCAGUAGUAGUAGCCAGCCAAAGGGAUAUUUUAUUCAAAAAAGGCCAUCCAUAAAGAAAUGCCAAGCAGAUCAGUAACACCCUGAUACUAACAAAGUAGGUGGCGAUUUUCACCAGCAGCCGGCUACUUUUGGCAACCCUGGUGACAGCAUCAAACUACACCUAUCAUAGCUUAGAAAUUGCACACAAUAAAUUCUCUUCCAGAGAGUUAAGACCUGUCCCCUUUUGGUUUGAUUGUGUAGAUUCUUGAUUUAAGCAAACGCCUGCCUUUAGUGACCACUAAAUCUUUGCAUUUUGGGUAGUUGCUCACAAAUGGUUCAAUAAUAUUGCAUUUUGACUGUAUUUUCCUGUGCUUGAUUUAUUUUAACUUGCAAUUAUUUCAGAGGCCUUGCUGUCGGCAUUUACACCACAAAUUCUCCAGAGGCCUGUCACUUUGUUGCGGAAAACUGUGAAGCCAAUGUUAUCAUUGUUGAGAAUAAGAACCAACUGCAGAAAAUUCUGAAGGUGAGUAAAUUGGUCUGAAUUUUCUGGUGCUCAGUUAAAAGUAAGUUCAUUUAUUUUGUUGUUGUAAUUCUUAGCCACUGCGUUGUGGUGGGUACAGUAGUGACUGUAGUCUGUAAACUGCAUUUAGUUCUGCCGCAUGCUUUGCCUGGUGGACUACUGGUCUGCUGAGGUGGAACAUAUAGCUAUGUUAGCUCCCGCCAGACCACCAACCAUGGUUGGCUUUCGGAUGAAAACCUUGACUCAUUUCAGAUGAUCGCAUAAUUUGGAUGAUGACAUUAGGCUGCUGUUUGGCCCUGUUCCUUCAUCCUAACAUCCAUUAAAAGGAUCAGACUUUUGAGUGACUAUUUGAAAGGAUUUAUGGGAUUGAUGUUGUGAGACCCCAGUGUUGUAAUUUACCUUCUUGUGGGUUGCUUAUGGAAGAAACUGUUUCAGGACCCUCAGUUAAGUAAGCUGUGUAUUGUGAGUCCCCACUGCUGUAUCUUAUAGCAAAGCUAAUAAAAUAAUAAAAUUCAUUUUUUAAAUGAAGCGAAUAAUGAUAUUCUUAAUAAUUUACUAACAGGUUUGGGACCGACUGCCACAUCUGAAAGCUGUUGUGCAAUACCUUGGAGAUAUUGAAGGAGAAAAACCACCUAAUGUAUACACAGUGAGUAUGAGCGUGUAGAUUAAUAUUAGCCUGACUAGUUUUCCUCUUCUUGACAUGGUUUGUUUCUAUUUUGGCUUUGCUUUUUUACAAGGUUUCGACCUCACCCAUUUAGUCUAAAAUGUUCGUGAAUAUUGCUGAAUACCAAGAGCAACAACAAAACGUUGCUUAAUCUUGAUUGCCUCCACUGACCUUGAUACACAUGAUACAGACUGAGCAUAUGUUGACCUAGGCUUUUUCUCAUCAUUCCUGACAUCUUGUGUAACAAGUAGUACUACAGAGUCUGCAAUGCAGUCAUUCUUAACAUUUCUUCACAUUGGAAUUGACCAUUCAUGGCUUACAUUUUCUUUGUCUUAAUUUUGAGACAUGGUUACUUUGUUUUCAAAAUCUAAUCAGAUUUAGUUUGAAUGAUCUUCUCAACUUUCUUAUUCUCUUCUGAAGUGCUUGUCAAUUUUUUUUUCAGUGGAAUGAGUUUAUGGAACUCGGCAAAGAUGUUGCUGAAGAAACUCUUCAAGCAAGAAUUGCCAAUUUAGCACCAAACAAGUGUUGUACACUUAUUUACACUGUAAGUUCAUAUACGAUAAAUUUUUGUUUGGUCAGAGAUAGAACUGUGGAGAUUUUUCAGUGGGCAAGUGAUUUUUAACAGCUGAGUUAAGGUCAGUUUACCCAAUGUAAAGUGAUUUUAAAAGCUUUCAUUUUGAAGUUUUAAAAGCACUUUUUCAGAGUGAUUCAUGCAGGGAUUGUAGAUUGUCAGUGAGUGGUUUGUAUGUUAAUGUUCGUUGAAGGGAUGCUAUGGAGAAACAACAUUUUAUACAGCUUGCUAUGCAUUUUUAAUUUGGAGUUUUAAACAUUCUUUCAAGUGCUAAUCCUCUUUUGUUCUUUUUCGCUAGUCUGGAACCACUGGCAAUCCCAAAGGUGUAAUGCUUUCACAUGACAAUGUGAGUAACUUAACCUUUCCUCCCACUUUGACGUAAGUUUUUUUUGUCCUAUAGGUACAAUGUUUUUGGCUCGUUCAGCGACUUUCUUGUAGGUUCAGCUCUAGAGUCUAGCGUGGUAUGUUGGGUGGGGGGUUACUCCCAUUUAUAGGCUAGAUAGGUAUGUGCCUCUUGAAAGACUAUGGUUUUUUAAGGGUCUUGCCCCUUAUAAUAUGGGGUAUCAUUUUUGCCCUUGCUGGUGUUGUGGCCCCAGUGUGAUUCUUAGAUAGCAUACCUAAUUAUUAUUGCAUAAAAUUCAACAUAAAUACCCAGCUACACAAAAAGUUAUGUUGCCAUUUAAAUUCUUAGAUUUUGUUUUUCCCUUGAAUGGGGUAUCAUUUUUCAAAAUUGGAGUUUAAAUAGGGUAUCAAUCAUCCUUAAAUUAAUGGGGCCAGGGUUAAUUAGACCCUCGGCGGCACACACCUAAUUGAGAAUUAUGAAAGUUCCCCCUCCCACCCUGGGAGUGUUGCAACAUUAGAACUGAACUAUAGGUGUAAUUAAUUCACUGCAUUUUAUAACUUUGCAUAUCAGGUAAUUUGGACUGCAGACUGUGCAUUGAAGCAUGUUCAUGCUGGCGAGAAAGGUCCAGAACAUGUGGUCAGUUAUCUACCUCUGAGCCAUAUUGCUGCACAGGUAAAUAAAAAAAAAUGCAACAAUGGGUUAUUCCAGAAAAAAUCCACACCCCCCCGACGGAUGGGGUCCUUUUUUAACCCCCCCUCUCACCUGGAUUUCCUGAAGCACAAGACCCCCCCUCCCAACUGGAUUUCCAAGGUGGAAGACCCCCCCCCGCCUGGAUUUCCGGAAAAAAUAAAAGGCUUAAGUUUAAUUUAUUUUUAAUGGAAAAUCCGUGAAAUGUUUUUGUUUUAAUUUCUAAAGUUCAGCUUAUAUUAAACUAAGAAUUCUAUUGCUCUUGAAACUAAAAAAUGAAAGGAGCAAAAACAAAAAUGCGAACGACACCUGAACGAGUGUUUACAUAAUUUCUUAGCUUAUAAAAAUCACUCUUAUCUGUUGUAGGUACAGAUUAGUAGAAAUGUGUCAGGCGUUUGACGCUUCGUUUCAACAACGUUAACCUUCAGGCCCGUUUUUAGCUUGUUCACUGAGAUAAAAGGAUGGUGACAACUUAGAUUAAUUUAUGUCAGGUGAGAAAAUAUGAACAAAACAUUUUGAUUUUUCAGGGUCUUAAAACUUUGUGUCAUAUCAAACGUUUGAUUUGUAUCAACUAUUGGUCAUUGAAGCCCCUCAGAAGACUUUUUUAAGGUCAACCCCCUUCCGCCUGGUCAGUUAUCUACCCCUGAGCCAUAAUCCCAUCCGCACAGGUGUGGAUUUUUUUUCUGGAACAACCCAAUACAUGUCAAAUAAAAGAAUUUUAUAAAUUGUAACAGGGGCACCUGGAAUACAUUUAAGCCUUAUGUGACAUCUGGUAAACUACUAGCCUACUGCCGGAUUUUUGUUCUAACUUGCCACAAGUGUGUAUAUAGGCUUGUGAAUCAAUGGGAGGACAUCUAGAGGCCUACACGUGUACCUGGCCCUUCCCAGCUAACCUGCGCUGUGCUCUAGUGGUGCCCCCUGGCCCCAGGUGUAUUACUUUUGCCUUUAGGUGACAAAAAUAUUUUAGUUAAAAUUUGUUUUGGCAUGGAGAACAUAACAUUUUUUUUUCAUUAUUUUUUAUUUUGUGCUCUCUUUUCCAGAUAUUGGACAUUUAUAUGCCAAUCAAUCUUGCUGGUUCUGUCUAUUUUGCACAGCCAGAUGCACUAAAGGUACAAGGAAUUUGUAUUUACUCGUCUUUCCACAGUCAAAAGUAGUCACAGUUGAAGCACCACUGCUAAGAAAUGAUUUCUCAAGUUAUAUUAUUACAAAAUAACAUUAUUUCUUUAACAUUUUUGUCACAGGGCACACUUGUUCAAACCCUGAGGGAAGUCAGGCCAACAUUGUUGUUUGGAGUACCAAGGUAUUAUAAUAGCACAAGUUUGCCUUUUUUUGUUGUAAGCUUUUUGAAGCAUUUUUAACAAAUAGCCUUUUAGCUGUGAUGUUUAAGCUUCAGAAAUUACAGUUGAAAUAGAAAAUAUUGUAUUUAUUAUGCUGCACAAGGCAGAUCUAAAAACCAGCUUGACUAAUAGCAUAGCAGCAAAUUGUGACCACAGAAGUCGCGGUCAGUGCUUUGUGUACGCUUUUGCGUUCUCAUGUGACAUUGUGUAUCCUGAGAAAGUCCAUCAGAAGCACUACCCAGAUCUGGGUAGUGACAGAUUAUCAGUAUGGAAUUUCUGCAGCCAUUCCUGAGAGGUCAUUUCUAUACGAUGGUGUUGCAAAAUGUCUGCUGUUUUUUCAGGCUAGACAUUGUCUGUCUUUGCUAAUGCUGAAUCUGCCGUGAAUGCCCGAAUAAUGUGACAAGAUAGACAACGUAUCAAUUGGGGUCAUCCUCGGUGUAAAAACCUGCAAAAUUCUGCUUUGUUUUCUAGCUAUUAUUAUCCUUGACUCUAUUGUGUUGACUUCUCAGUGGCUUCUUUGUGUUAAUUAUUUUACGUCACUCGUGAGUUUCAUGGGUUUAUACACCGAGUAUGAGCCAUCAAUUGUCAAUCCCUGUAUGAUCUCUAGCCCUCAUUUAAUGGAAACCAAUCUAAUACAUUAUUCCUCUUGAAAUGAUGCAUUUGUCAACAGAGUGUACGAAAAGAUCAUGGAAAAGUUAAAGGAACUGGGUCAGCAAGUGACUGGAGUGAAGAGAAAGAUUGGUAACUGGGCAAAGGGUGUGGCCCUACAGGGGAACAUGAACCUUGAACAAGGGUAAGCUGCUAUGAGAGCUGGGUCAGGAGCGAAACUUUGCAUGUAGAAGUUUUGAAUUUGAUUCAAAAAGUGCUGAAAGCCAAUAUUAUUGCCUGUUGAAUUAUGUGAGGGGACUGAACUACUGUGGAGGAGGUUUUCCUUCAGUGAACAGGCUUAGUGAAUUUACCAACUGUUGAUAAACCCCCUGGAAAAGAACAGAGUGGCAAUUCACUCAAUACUUUAUGCAGUGUAGUUUGUAUUCACAGAUCAAGUGGACGAAAGCUUGCAUUUUGUUAACAUUUUUAGCCAGAGGAAGUUUCUUUAUAUUUAUAAAAAUGAUAUAUACUAGCUGUGGCCCCGCUACAUAUACUUUUUUCAAGCAUAGUUUUUGUUACUUUGAAGGGGAGCAUGUUGAUGUUUUAUACACUCAUGAGUUGAAACUCGAAAGAGAACUAGUGCAGGCAUAUGAUAUUCAAAGGAGACAUUCCUCAGACAUACUUCGAGCAAAUAUCGAAACGAAACAACCUUAACAUUUUAUAAUCUUUGUAAGCUGCCUACCCACAGGGUAGACCAUGUUUCAAGACAAUCAGAAGGACCACCACAUCUUUUUAAAGUAAUUUUCCUCCUGUUUUGUUUUGUUUUCUAGACGCCCUUUGCCUUUUGGUUGGACUCUGGCAAAUGGACUGGUCUUGAAGAAGGUACACACCCUUAUUUUUCAGAAAAUAUUUUAUGACAAAUCAAGUUCCCUGCCUCCUCCCCAGGCACUUCGUUUUCGCACUCUGGUCGUGAACAAAGGUGAGCACGAAACGUGAGAGACUGGUGACAAAGCGCCGGGGACCACGGGAUCCCCUGGGUACGAGGCAGCCCAGUUCCCUUGAAAUUCUUCUUCAAAGCACCAAGAAAGUACUGACAAGUAGGUGUCAAUUGGUUGGUCACCGCAGGUAAUUUAGCCACAGGUUCAAAAGUUAGAACCACCUUACAAGAAUCCAUGAUUCACUCAAGGUGUGAAAACGUUCUUUUUUCUUUUGAAAACGGCCACUUUCUUGAACGUCCAAUUUGUUUAAUGGACUAAUGACUGUUUUGUGAUGGUUUUUGAUAUUGGUAAUUCUCUUUUUUUCUCAGAUUCGACUGGCUUUAGGGCUAGACCGCUGCAGGCUUUGUUUUGUGGGCGCAGCUCCCGUUACCUUGGAAACCCUUCGUUAUUUCCAGAGCAUCAACGUGCCGCUGUACGAACUGUACGGCAUGAGCGAGUGUACCGGCCCAAUGACAGUGUCCAUUCCUGGUCAUAUCACAGCAGGAAGCUGCGGUAUAGCCAUGGAAGGAUGUGAAAUGAAGAUUAUCAACGAGGACGACGAUGGAAAUGGAGAGGUGAGAUUUAACUAAACAAGCAACAAUUCCCAACUCUCUGAACUAGUCGCCACUUUAACCCAAAAUUGAGAUUCUCACUAACUGGAGAAUUUGUUGAAAUAUCAAUUACACUCAUCUUCCCUGAUCAUGCACUCAAUUCUCAUGACUACUCUGUUUUCUAAAGCAUUGAUAUAAUAAGGAGAAAUUCCAUGCUGAUGACUCCUAGGGCUUUAAGGGUUAAAAGUGGGAAGGAAACUGGGCCGAGUUAACUUUUGCAAAGACUUCUGGGACUGUUGCUAGGGACAGAUAAAAAAAUUGGCCAAUAGCUGGCCGUGCGCGUGCUCCAGUUCUCUUUUCGUUUCUAAAGUGGCGAAUAAGACGACAGAAAUGACGUUUUAAUGUUCAAAAUUCAAGCGGAACUACCAGCUUCAGGCAAGCGGUUUUCAUUAAGACAUUAUCUUGUAUCAAGAGAGGAUAAAGGGGACAGAGAAGGCAUCCCCCAUACACACCCUAUUCCAUAGGUAAUUCGUCUCGAGUUAUUUUUAAGACCAUAGAAUGUGUUCCGCGUGGAUGACCCACGCUCAGAGCCACGCGUCCUUCACGAAUUGACGCAGAAAAAAAUGGCAGAAAACGCGGAGAGCGAUAUGGCUAUUUGUUUUGUCGACGAAAACGACUAAAGAGAGAUUUCUGCUGAAGCUGUGUCAGCGAAACGGAAAUUAAAAAAGAAUCGCCCUUCCUCUCUUGUAUAGAGCUAACAGUACAGCAGGGAAAACAUUAACACACUGAAUAUUUUCUCAGGAUCAUUUAUAAUUUACAGUUUGAAGAAAGCAAUUUCUGGUUUGAUAUUUAUUCUUUUAUUAGUCUUUUAUAAUUCAACAAAAAUAACACUUGGCGUCCUACUUGCUUUAUUAUACAAUAGACCGGCGAAGCUUCUCAUUUUAUUAAAUUACUGAGGUUACGACAACUUCGAGUUCAACUGAUUUCACGGGUUGUCAAAGAGUGCAGCGAUUCCCUUUUUCCAGAUGAGCGCCGACUCAUUUCGCUUCAAUAUUCAGAAAUGCUCUCGAUCUCUUCACGCUUUCAUUGCCUUUCGCCCGACGUGUUUUGCACGGCGUUUAGUCAUGCGAAACCUCCGCGAAACAUCCACGCAGUGCGCGAGGUAACUUUAUCCCGAUUCUAAAAAUAACUCGAGACGAAUUGCCUAUGGAAUAGGGUGUGUAUGGGGGAUGCCUUCUCUGUCCCCUUUAUCCUCUCUUGCUUUUAUUUAUAUGAGAGUCAGUAUGGGCAACAGAAAACUGUUGUCUAUACGUUAUUCGCAAACGCGUUGUAGAGAUAUUUUUCUGAGAAAAUCGCUCUCAAGAGACUGAGAAAAGAAAAUUGCGCUAUCAUUACACCAUUUCCGUGGUUUACUUAUUUUUUACUCUAUUCAUAAAUCAGUCAGAUAUAGUAAAAUUCAUUAACCAAAGGUCGUGCUGAAGAGGAAAAAGGUUUUUGUCAGUUCACUUCUAGUAGAAAACGUUUCUCACUUGUCUUACACACCUCCGUUGAAGGAGCAGUGGGCACCAAAUGUUUCAAAAUUCAAACAGUGGGAGAGCGGCCAUAUCAAUCUCUACUCGUGCGCCUUUCCCUCGCGUGUUGUGCGCGUGUGAUACGCUUUCGCGCAGUCUAUUUUUCUUAUGCGGCUGCUUCCUAUACUAGAAUUAACACAAUGAUACUUAGUUUGGUUAAUUUAUAAGCGCACAUCUUUCUUUCUUCCGCGGAGAAAGAAAUGAAUGCUCUCAACAUUUGAAUUCACUCUUUGCUUGAUAAUACUCAGAUUUGUAUGAAAGGGCGCCAUGUUUUCAUGGGUUACUUGAACAACGAAGAGAAGUCAAAGGAAGCGUUGGAUAGUGAAGAUUGGCUUCACACAGGCGAUAUCGGGAAAAUCAACGAGGUGGGUACUUCUUUGCAAGGGAAACUUAGCAUCAUAUGGCUAUAAUUAUAGCUUGCCCAGAGACGUUUUUUCUUUUUUUUCGAGAAUUGCGAGCGCGCGAGAACGAGCAGGGAGAGCGAGCAGGGAGCCCUCACAAACACCCCCUUGCGCUGGCGGUUUUUAUUUUCAUAUGCGCGCUCGACGAUCUCUAAAGAGAAAAUAGGUUUGUUAACAGGGUACUUUGAUUAAGACCUUGUCUUAAUUGAAAUGAUUGAGUCAUCUGUUAGCGACGUAAAGCAAUCGCCCUUGUUUCUUUCAUCCUUGCUUGUCAUUUGGUUGGGUUGCCCGGGGGAAGGGGAGUGGUUAAUAAAUGGCUUUACCAGUAGGUUGGGUGGGAAAGGGCUCACAAUAAAUUGCGUUGCUUUAGUGUCCCUGCAUCGUCCUUUAACGCUUUUAAAACUAAACAAGAUAAUAAUUAUUUGGCUGGCUUGUCUGGAAAGUGCAGUGUCCGGGAUGCGAUGAUAGGAGUGUGGAAAAAUGCGGAGUUGCCAAGUAGUCUGAGCCACUCAUAUAAUAAUUCAUCUUUCUCGUAUAUUGACCAGGUUUAAUAUUAAUUCUACCAUUCUCACGGAACCACAGUCAAACUGCUUGUUUCUUUGUUUUCUUUUUCCUUCUGUAAAGAAUGGACAAUUGUUUAUUACUGGACGCAUCAAAGGUAAGUGAUUUGUGGUAUUUUUGGUUUUCACAUGACGUCACCAAAUUAAAAAUAAUAAUAAAUAAAUAAAGCAUCGAUCCUCCUGAGUUUUUACUUUCAUGAAGUGUUAGAGCAGCUAAAAACUUUUAUUUUUACAAAUUUUCACGUCGAAAGGGUUCUCGUUUUGUGAUAGAGUACGCGUGAAUUUGUAACCUUUUGUGUGACAAGGCAUUAACGUGGCGGCCGAGAGAGCUGUCAUGUAUGUUAAAAAGGUGACUUAUUUUGGGGGAUUUUGAUGUUAUAGCGGUUCCUUCUCCUAUCGCGUCAAAUUCUAUAGUUUUAUGUUUAUGCAGAAGGUUUCCCCUUGUGUGGUCUUUGUAAAUGGUAAGCACCCCUUGUGUCUGCAAUACGAUGUAUCGGAAGCGUCCUCACGUAUCCAGAUAUUUUUGAAUCUGCAACUUUUUCUUUCCGGUCAAAAAUUUCCACGUCUACAGGUAUCUGUAUUCAAAUAGAAUUUGCCCGUCCACACGUAACCGACUCGUAUCUGGAUUCACUCUAGUACUCAGGACUCCUCUGGGAAUAUUGGCAACAGAGCAUGCGUCGUAAAGCGCACGAAAUUUGCAUCCUGCAGGAUGCAUCAACGGGCAAAAGAGAGAAAACCUGGGAACGAGGUUGCCAUCUUGAAUACAGUAUUCACGGUAAAGAACUGGGCUCCAUCUUGUUACGUCACCGGAAAAAAUCUGGAUUUAGCGUCCGCAGAUUCCCGAUUCAUAGCGUGUUCAAAAAUUUCCACUCUGGAGAGCGGAUUCAAAACGUUGUGGAUCCGUAUACCGGAUUCACCGGAUACGUGUGAACUGAAGUCGCGUCCGGAAAGAAAUAGUUGGGGAUUCAAUAAUAUCCGGAUACUUGUGGACGGGGCCUUAGUCGCGGGUUUACAUUUUUCUCGCAGAAUUAAUUAUCACUGCUGGCGGUGAGAAUAUUGCUCCAGUCCCCAUCGAAGACGCCAUCAAAGAAGAGGUGCCUUUAAUUAGCAAUGUGAUGGUCAUUGGUGAUAAGAGAAAGUAUCUUUCCUGUUUGGUUACGCUGAAGGUAAGAGCAGCAUACGCUUGUUUGAAAUAAAUAGAGUCUUGAGCUUUUACGCAGACACUGUUUUGGCCCCUCUCGCAACGAUCCUUCUAAAGAGGAGUGCGUGAUGAGCCAGUAAUUAUGCAGUUUUAAACAUAUCCUAGCACCCACUACUUACUGUUGCUUGUCACGUAAGGAUCCUUCCCAAGGAAGAGUGCGUUAUGAGCCAAAAGAACUUUUGAAUUGGAGGCUAAACCGUAGGCAUUAACUGUUUGUCUAGAGUCUUUGUUUAUCGUGACGACCCUUCCCAUGGAGGAGUACGGUGCGUGACGAGCUCAAACAACGGUUUAUGCAGGAGGUUAAUCCGCGUGCUGCAAUAAGUUUUUCUCGAGUUUGUUGUGUUCUUAAUAUGAUUUUUUUUGUUACCCAGGUUGAUGUGGACGCAGAUACUGGAGAGCCUUCAGAUAAUCUCACUGAGCUUGCUGUUAAGUUUUGCAAAUCUCUCACUUGUGAAGCAAAAACUGUUUCGGAAAUCUUGUCAAGUAACGAUGAGAAAAUAAUGAAAGCAAUUAAAGAAGGCAUCGACCGGGCAAAUGCCAAAGCCGUGUCCAGAGCUCAGAAGGUGGGUAGAGUAAUAAAUAGUCAUUCUUAACCCUCAAAGCCCCAAUAUCCACUGACAGACUCUCAAUACUGAUCACCAUAUAUUUCCUCAAUGAAGAAGUUGAGAGAAUGUGUUUGAAGAUCAAAGCAUUUUCCCUUUAGUAAUAAUUUCAUUUAUUAUCAUAUCCUACUCUUUUGAUUAUUAUUAUUAGUUCAAAGUCUUUGUUGUCUGCAUUCUGCUUCUUUCUGACUGGCUGUUUUGGUUUGUUGGCUCUGAAAGUAGCCUCCCCGCAGUCGUCCUUUGAAUGCGUGACAAACGAACCCCAAAGGACGUCUGCGAGGAGGCUACUCUGAAAGUUGAUCUGUUCGCGGCGAACUGGAUCCUUCGUUCUGCUUGCUGACGUUUUGCUUGAUCAGGAGUCAUGGUGGCUAGCGUUCAUUUUAGACUGUUGAUGAUCUGAGUGUCUGAGCUAACGUUUUUUCUUGCUGUUCAAUCAUGAGGCUGAGGAGGUCCUGUUCUUCUCUGGUACAGAUCUCUUUCGAGACGUUUGUUGAAAUCCUGGCCGGGUCUAAGGUGCGGUCUGGGUAUCCAGGGCUGUUCUCUAGCAGAGCCCGGUGGCCCAUGGUGCCCAACUUUUGCACCUGGACGACUAGAAAGUCAAAGAUCUUUUAUACAAAUCAUAUACUGGGCACCCUAGGUUUUACAUGUUCAGAGCACUGGGCUCCCUUCAAUUUUCCUUAGAGCACAGCACAGGUAUCGAUAUUGUUGGGAGAAAAUUGAUGUUUGCUGCCCUUUGGACUGUGAUCUCUAGGUAUACGGAUAAACAACUAUCCAGCGGAUAAGUGUUAGGAAAAUUGAUUGCGUUAUCAACUGGAUGGUUAUUUAACCAGUGGAUAGCGUUAUUCACCUUUUGAACAACUGGGGCUUGGGAAGAGCGGGAUGAGGAGCGGGACGAGUACACGUCAAUAGUACACGUCAAUAGUCCAGUGAAUACAAACAUUAACGAAACAUUUAUACAGGGUUAGCCUCGACGUAAGUAAAAAUAUUCAGAAAUUCCGGCAAAUAAGUGUUUGAAAUUUGAAUAUGCACAAUAGACAAAGAAAUAAACAGGUAUUUUUCUCGUUAGAGUUUGUAAAUAUAUUACUUCAGAUGGAGGCUAAGCCUGUAAAAAAUGCGUCUUCACUUCUUUAAUUCAGCGGUCAUAGCGAACUCGAAACUGGACUAUUUUGUGUCCAUGUCUUCAGAGUGUACAAGAGCUAUGUGAACCAUCUGUUUUUUUUUUUACCUGUGACGUAAAUUUUUAGAACCACUGAAUCUCUUUUUUUAGGUGCAGAAGUUCAUCAUUUUAGAGAAAGACUUCUCUAUCCCUGGAGGAGAGCUGGGUAAGAAUUGCCCGUUCACUUUGUUGUCGUUAUUAGGGAGUUAAAGCAACUGGGAUGGCGGCAGCAACGGGGACGUUAUUAAUAAAGUGUAUUCGCGUUGUUUAAAAAUUUAUGGGGGUUAUUUCAACUGGCUUCAUUGGUCAAAUGUUGGCGAGUUUUCCUUAAGUUAAAUUUUUAGGGAGCACACAAAGUUUAAGAAUAGUGUUUACGUCCUCUAUAAUACAUCACACUAGAAAGUCAAUGUGAAAAGGUUUCAUGCUGUAAUCGUGCAGUGACAGCGAAGAAAUGUGCAAAAGGCCCGAUGCACCUCGUGCGUAGUUGUUGUUUAGUGGUUAUUAUACCUAUUGUUUUGCGACGUCCCCGUUGCCGUCCCCUUCGUGGUUGGUUGACCCUUUAAGCCUCAAUAUCCACAUACAAAUUCUCCAAACUGAUUUCUAUUCGUUUCCUUAAGGAAUAAGUUGAGAUAAUUUAAUAAGAGAUCAAGGCAUUUUCUCUUGAGUGGUCAUUUGAUUAACUCUCAUAACGUAUGUUGUUUAGUUCAUUAUUCAACUGCGAGGAUCAUUCCCAUUUUUAUAUCUUUAUCUGCAGCUCAAAAUAUGAGAUAUUUCAUAUAAAAAAUUAUUUCCAUUAUUUAAAGAUCUUAAUGAUACUGAUGUUGAUAUUGGUGAUGGUAUUGACGAUAAUUUGGGAGCUAACUUGCGUCGCGGAAAACUCCUUUGCCACCCUCAUAAUAAUGAUAAUACUGAUGGUGUGGUAAUGUUUGUAGCAAUGAUGAUAACGAUGAUGAUGCUAGUGAUGUUGGUGGUGAUGGUGACCAUGGUAUCGAUGAUGAAUUGUUGGCUGUUACGGUGAUGAUGGUUGUGUUAACCCAUUCGCUCCUGGAGAUUUUGCCGAAAAACGCGUUUUGAAGCUAGUCGAGUGGUUUUCUGGUCACCGUCGUGCUAUAAAGAGCUAAAACUUACCACAAACCGGUUUACAGGUCGUACACUUGGCGGCCUUCUGAUCCAGAUGCAAAAUAUCAGCUUGCGAAGUUCGGGCAUGCGUAGAAAGCAAAAUUUCGACAGUUUUUGGGUUUAAAAGUGACACAGCAGUCUUGACUUUUACUUUUCGCUUUCUCUCCUCCCUUCUUUUUACGCUUUUCUUGCCUCAUUUUUUUUUUCUUGCUGGGCAUUUAGUAGGCUUCAUUUUGGUGGGAAGAGUUUUUAGGAAAGCUUUUAGGAUCUUAGGAUUAGGUGAAAGGAAAGGUAGGGGGGUAAUGGAACAAGAUUUUCAUGGAGAUUUUCAGGUCCUUGUCACGUGGUUUUUUGCUUCUUUCUCCGGUGUCCUUGACUGAAUUGUGCUCAUUCUGGUAUGGUUUGAAAGAUCUCUUCACUCUGCACAAGUUAGCGAAGAAAGUUGUCCGUGACCUUUAAAACUGAUGACGUCACAAAGGGUAGAAAGGACCUGGAUCCGCACGGGCGGUUACGGGCGGUUCAGGGGCGAAUGGGUUAAUUUCAUUGAUAUUGAUAAUGGGAAGCAAGGUUGUCGCAGUGGAGAGUGAGAGCACUCACUUCCCACCAAUGUGGUCUGUCUUUAUAUCUCGGCGUCGCCGGCAUAUGUGGGUUGAGUUUGUUGUUGGUUCUCUCCCUUGCUCCGAGAGGUUUUCUCCGGGUACUCCGGUUUUUCCCUCUCCUCAAGAACCAACACGUCCAAAUUCUAAUUCGAUCUGGAACGCACGGACACAUUUCAACGAGUUCUUAAAGAGUCCUAGUAUUUCAUGGGUAAACAAAUAUCAAUUUGAUUGUGAUGGUGGUGAUUAUGAUGAUGAUAGUGGUGGUGAUGGAGACAGUGAUGAUAAUGUUGAUGAUGGUGUCAUGGUGAUGUUUAAUAUGCCUGUGAGGAUGAUGAUGAUGAUGAUGAAAAUGACUAUGAUUAUGCCGACAAUAAUGAUGGUGAUGUUGAUGAUUCUUUUUAUCAACAAUGGUGAUAAUGAUGAUGGUAAUAGUGUUGAUGAUGCUGGCAAUGAUGGUGACGUGGAUGGCCAUGAUGUUGAUGAUAAUGACAACGAUGGUGGUGAUGUUGAUGAUUCUGGGUGUCAAUAAUGGUGAUAAUGAUGAUGGUAAUAGUGUUGAUGAUCCUGACCAUGAUACUCGCAAUGAUGGUGACGUGGAUGGCCAUGAUGAUGAUAAUGACAACGAUGGUGGUGAUUUUGAUGAUUCUGCGUGUCAAUAAUGGUGAUGGUGAUGAUGGUAAUAGUGUUGAUGAUGCUGACUAUGAUGCUGGCAAUGAUGGUGGCGUUGAUGGUUAUGAUGAUGAUAUUGAAAAUGAUACAUCAGCAAGACAAUAUAAAUUAACAGAAUACUUGUACAUUUUUCCAGGUCCCACCCUCAAACUGAGGAGGCCGAUUGUGUCCAAGAUGUUCAAAGACAAAAUCGACGCCCUUUACGAGGACGAACACCAUUGAAAUCAAAACGUAAUAUAAUGA